GCCUUGCUUCCCUCGGAGAGUGGUUGGUUUCCAGGAACUCGAGAUGGGAACACUUUCGGCACGGAAGGAUAUCCCCCCGUGGGUGAAGGUUCCUGAAGACCUGAAAGAUCCAGAGGUGUGCCAGGUCCAGACUCGGCUGCUGGAAGCCAUAUUUGGCCCAGGCGGAGCUCGAAUCCCUUACAUCGAGCAAGUGAGCAAGGUCAUGCUCGAGCUGAAGGUUCUGGAGUCUUCGGACCUCACCGAGGUCGUGGUUUAUGGCUCCUACUUGUACAAGCUCCGGACCAAAUGGAUGCUCCAGUCCAUGGCUGAGUGGCACCGCCAGCGUCAGGAGCGAGGGAUGCUCAAACUUGCGGAAGCCAUGAGUGCUCUGGAACUAGGUCCUUGGAUGAAGUGAAGCCAAUUUCCAGCCAACGUGACUGAGACCAGGAUGUAGAGAUUGGGUUGUGGGCAGAGCCGGGGUGGUUCUGGCUUGGCUUAAACUCUGCUCUAGCCUGAGGAAUUAA